AGGCUGGUGCGCGUGUCCCGGCGAGGGGCGAACGCGCGUGGACCGCGGCGCGCGGACCGUGGCUCUUGGCGCUCGCAGCCCUCUGCCAUGCCCUCCUACACGGUCACCGUGGCCACCGGCAGCCAGUGGUUCGCUGGCACCGACGACUACAUCUACCUCAGCCUCGUGGGCUCCGCGGGCUGCAGCGAGAAGCACCUGCUGGACAAGCCUUUCUACAACGACUUCGAGCGCGGCGCGGUGGACUCUUAUGAUGUGACAGUGGAUGAAGAACUGGGUGAGAUCCAGCUGGUCAAAAUCGAGAAGCGCAAGUACUGGAUCCACGAUGACUGGUACCUGAAGUACAUCACGCUGAAGACGCCCUACGGGGACUACAUUGAGUUCCCCUGCUACCGCUGGAUCACCGGGGAGGGCGAGAUCGUCCUGAGAGAUGGGCGUGGCAAGACCCUCGAAUGUGCCAAUCUGACACUUCCUCGAGAGACCAUUCCUCAUAAGAGACGAGCAGCUGGCCUGAUGUGGAGGAGCAGAGGAGGAACAGAUGGCAGAAGUCAGCUGAGGCCGCUCUGGGCCAACCCAGAGGCCAGGCAUUUGACACAGUGUUCUUCUUUUUAUUCAUGCAGAUGGAUGGAGUGGAACCCUGGCUUCCCCUUGAGUAUUGAUGCCAAAUACCACAAGGAUUUACCCCGAGACAUCCAGUUUGAUAGUGAGAAGGGUGUGGACUUCGUUCUGAACUACUCCAAAGCGAUGGAGAACCUGUUCAUCAACCGCUUCAUGCACAUGUUCCAGUCUUCCUGGAGCGACUUCGCCGACUUUGAGAAAAUCUUCGUCAAGAUUAGCAACACUAUUUCGGAGCGAGUCAUGAAGCACUGGCAGGAAGACCUCAUGUUCGGCUACCAGUUCCUGAAUGGCUGCAACCCAGUGUUGAUCCAGCGCUGCACAAAGCUGCCCAAGAAGUUUCCAGUGACCACAGCGAUGGUGGAGUGCAGCCUGGAGCGGGAGCUCACCUUGGAGCAGGAGAUGGAGCAAGGGAACAUUUUCAUCGUGGACUUUGAGCUGCUGGAUGGCAUCGAUGCCAACAAAACGGACCCCUGCACUCUGCAGUUCCUGGCAGCGCCCAUCUGCUUGCUGUACAAGAAUCUGGCCAACAAGAUUGUCCCCAUCGCCAUCCAGCUCAACCAAGUCCCAGGAGAUAAAAACCCGAUUUUUCUGCCUUCGGAUGCAAAAUAUGACUGGCUUUUGGCCAAAAUCUGGGUGCGCUCCAGUGACUUCCACGUCCACCAGACCAUCACCCACCUCCUGCGCACACAUCUGGUGUCUGAAGUCUUCGGCAUUGCCAUGUACCGCCAGCUGCCCGCUGUGCACCCCAUUUUCAAGCUGCUGGUGGCGCACGUGCGGUUCACCAUUGCCAUCAACACCAAGGCCCGCGAGCAGCUCAUCUGCGAGUACGGCCUCUUCGACAAGGCCAAUGCCACAGGGGGCGGUGGACAUGUGCAGAUGGUGCAGAGGGCCAUGCAGGACCUGACCUACACCUCCCUGUGUUUCCCUGAGAACAUCAAAGCUCGGGGGAUGGACAGCACAGAAGACAUUCCCUACUACUUCUACCGGGACGACGGGCUCCUGGUGUGGGAGGCCAUCAAGACGUUCACGGCCGAGGUGGUAGGCAUCUACUACAAGAGUGACCAGGUGGUGGCAGAGGACCAGGAGCUGCAGGACUUUGUGAAGGACAUUUAUGUGUAUGGCAUGCGGGGCAAGAAGACCUCAGGCUUCCCCAAGUCCAUCAAAACCAGAGAGAAGCUUUCAGAGUACCUGACUGUAGUGAUCUUCACAGCCUCAGCGCAGCAUGCGGCCGUGAACUUUGGCCAGUAUGACUGGUGCUCCUGGAUCCCCAAUGCCCCCCCAACCAUGCGGGCCCCACCGCCAACAGCCAAGGGUGUGGUGACCAUCGAGCAGAUUGUGGAUACACUGCCAGACCGUGGCCGCUCCUGCUGGCAUCUGGGCGCCGUGUGGGCACUAAGCCAGUUCCAAGACAAUGAGCUGUUCCUGGGCAUGUACCCAGAAGAGCAUUUCAUCGAGAAGCCUGUAAAAGAGGCCAUGGCCCGAUUCCGCAAGAACCUCGACGCCAUCGUCAGCGUGAUUGCUGAGCGCAACAAGAACAAGAAGCUGCCGUAUUACUACUUGUCCCCAGACCGGAUUCCCAACAGUGUGGCCAUCUAAGUGGCCACCUGAGCCAGUCUCACUUGUAGGUGGCAGCAGCCAGACUCCAGCCUGCCCAGGGGGGCAGGCACACAGGGCAGCCCUGGGACAGACCUGCCGGCGGCUGGCUCUUCUGAGGCUGCCAGGAUUCCUGGCAAUUCCGCCCUCAGGCCCCAGGCUGACUGGCUUCAAACCAAAGGCUGCCCAGGUUGGGCGACCUUCCGCCUAAGCUUCGGUGCAUUUCCAGUUUGUUCCUCAGUCUUUAGUGAAGCCUAUACCUUGAUCAGCGUGGACACACUGCAGGGAAGCGUCCUACACAGAGCAAGACUGUGUAGCUUCCUGCGUACGCCUAGUCAGUGCUUCGGUACCACUCAGCAGCAGCAAGUCAGGACGACUGAUAGAUGUUGGUUCUUACUGGCAGACAUAGGAUGAUUAUUUUCUAUUUAUGCUUGGUCCAAUUUCUUGCACAUAGUAGGUACCCAAAUCCUUCUUGUAUGAAUUAAGAACUGAUUGUCAUAAAAAUAAAGGAGUGCAUUUAAAA